AUGCUUGUAGCCGCCACCACCACCUGUGGCAGUGAGUUCCACCCCAUAGUGUUCUUUUUGUCUGGUAUCCCAGGCCUGGAAUCCUUCCACAUCUGGAUCUCCAUCCCAUUCUGCUCCAUCUUCACCGUUGCCCUUCUGGGGAACACGCUCCUCCUGUAUGUGAUCAAGACAGAUGCCACCCUCCACAAACCCAUGUUCUUCUUCCUCUCCAUGCUGGCUUCUAUUGAUCUGGUCUUGUCCCUCACUACCAUGCCCAAGACCCUCUGCAUUUUCUGGUUCAGGGCCAAGGAGAUCAGCUUGGAAGCCUGCCUUGUCCAGAUGUUCUUCCUCCAUGCUUUUGCCAUCAUGGAGUCCGCUGUGCUCUUGGCCAUGGCCUUUGACCGGUAUGUUGCCAUCUGCCACCCUCUGAGGUACAACACCAUCCUCACCCGUUCGUUAAUAGUCAAAGUUGGGCUGAUGGCCUCGGCCCGGGCUUUUCUCCUGAUGUCUCCUUUGCCCUUCCUGCUUCGUUGGCUGCCCUACUGCGGUUCCCACAUCAUCGCUCACUGCUUUUGUGAGCACAUGGCGGUGGUGAGGCUGGCCUGUUCCAACACGCGAUUCAACAACAUCUAUGGGAUCAUUGUGGCUUUCUUGGUGGUGGUUCUGGACCUCACUUUUAUUAGCCUGUCCUACGCCAAGAUCCUAAGAACCGUUUUCAGUCUGGCUUCAAAGGACGAGCAGCUCAAAGCCUUCGGAACCUGCAUCUCACACCUGUGUGCCAUCUUGGUGUUCUACGCUCCGGUGAUUCUCUCGUCAAUCGUACAUAGGUUUGGUCACCACAUUGCUCCCCACAUACACAUCCUCCUCACAAAUUUCUACCUUCUCUUCCCACCCAUGAUGAACCCCAUCAUCUAUGGGAUGAAAACCAAGCAAAUUAGAGAGCGAGUCCUCCACCUCUUCCACCGGAAAAGCUUCUGA